CCCUCUCAGAUGGGGUGAUUCACUCACAAAUGACUGGAGAAAAGCGGGCGGAUGACACAUCUGUUUCUGCUUAGUUUAUACCAGGGGCGGAAUGACAACUCAUGGGGCUCCCGGGCAAUAGGGGAUCAUGGGGCCCCUGUGUCCUUGCCAAAACUCAAAAAAGCCUAUGAAAAAAGUACCAGGGGAAUCUCCUGGGGCCCCCUACUGACCCCAGGCCCUCGGGCAGUGCCUGAGUUUCCAAAUGGUCAGUCCGCCCCUGGU